GGCGGUAUAGUUCGUAAUACGACAGGGCAGUGAUAUCGUUUGGCAGUGCUUAAAGCGACUGCUAGCCCUUCAUAGCAAUUUCAUCUUGCUACCAUCGGUCUUGUGAAAGGCUUUACAUUUACACCGCGAGAAAAAGGUUUAGUCGCCUCAUAAUCUAUCCCAGUAACACUUCAUUUUUCCUUCAGCAAUUCCUCUUUGAAGGCAGUCAGACAACGCCCACUUCAGCUCAUAGCCAUGCCUCGUACAGCACAGAGAAGCGCACCAGGCCUCACAGUCGAGAUUGACAGGCCAGACCGCUCAUACUUCAUGGCGGGUGACACACUAACCGGCUUCGUCGUUCUUGAUCUCACAAAAGUCACAUUCUUCCAUUCCGUUCGCCUCCAACUGUACGGCCGCGCCAAAACCAAGAUAACAAAGAGCAAUGGCACACGAUGCGCAAUAUACCGCAGUCGUCGUGUACUCUUCAAUAUCCAACAAACCCUACACAUCGGGCAGGUAGACUGCGGGUCUGGAGAGCACGCGUGGAGAUUCGCGAUCCAGAUUCCAAAUCACCCAGCUUCAGGGCAAGAGUGCGGAGAUGAGUUGGCUGUGUUAUCAACAACUCCAGCUUACCUGGCUACGGAAGGUGGUAUAACGCAGCACGCUCUGCCAACGACUUUCAACACGACUUUUGAAAGAAAGCUGGGAUUCGUCAAAGCGGAGGGGUAUAUUGAGUACUACCUCCGCGUUGUGGUCUUUGAGAAAGGGAAACCCAAGGCAUCUAUGGUGUGUACAAAGGUUCUGUUCCUGAGAGCGAGGUCUACGGACGAGCCUGCUGAAGACUUCAAAACGCGGCCGACCGAGCAGAAUUGCAUUGUCAGGAGUAUCAAGCUUCAUCCAUCACAUGCCGACAACCCUCCACCCACCCGAACUACUCUCGAGCGCGUCUUGCAGCCCUCGAAGCGAACCCAACACGCUCUCAACUUCCACAUAACUCACCCAACGAUUAUCCAACUGGACCAUCCGAAUCCCCUCCCUUUCGCAGUCUCUGUUGAACCAACACCACCCCCUACGUCCACUAGUGGACCCCUAGAAAUCCGCCUAACAAAUCUCCGCCUCUUCCUCCAGUCAACAACCCGCGUCCGCGCGCCCUCGAUCUUCGGCGAAACCCACAAAGUGCUCGAAUACGAGCUUACGUCCAAAAGGAUGGACCACAUGAUCCCCACGCACACCCCUCUCAACCUAACCAACUUCCUUGACAUACACGUACACCGUACUCUCUGUGCACGCGCGCCUGGAGAGCUGUUCAAGCAGCGCCCUUUAUUCUCAUCCUUCAAGACCUACAACAUCGCCGUCUCGUACGAGCUCUGCUGGGAACUGAAGCUCGAUUGUGCGGGGCAGGUUGUUGUCGUCAAGACGGGUAAGGGUGAGGGGCAGGCAUGCGAGGUACUAGAUACCAGUGAAGCAGAUCGAGAGAAGCAGGAUGUGGUAGAAGGAUGGGCCGAGGGAAGAGUAGGAAGGGACUGGGAGGGGCAUAUUGUGGUAACUAACACUGCUCUCAGGACUGUAAAUAUUGUUUUGAACGGGGUAUCGGCGUUAACGUGAUACCUUGUGGCAUGCAUACAACAGCCAUGUACCCCGAGAAAGAUUCUGCAGAUCUAGAGGGUUUAUAGACCCCAAAGACAUGGACACUGGUUGCUCG